AUCGAUUCGAAAACACGUUGACGAUGCCCGGAAGAGAAAAAGCUCGUCAAUUCGAAACCUAAAAAAAAAGGGCGGGAGAUUCGCGAAUCAACAAAUAUCGGCGGCUAAAUCGUUUUGUAGGGGAAAGUGCUGAUCUUGUUGCUAUGGAUGACCAUGGUGGUGGUGGUGGUGGUGGCUCUGGUGGAGCUUCUGAGCUGAGUCUUGAGGAACUGAUGGAUGAAUAUUAUUCUCGACCUCCACAGAUAGCUGAGUGGUUAUGGUGUAUCGAAUACGUAGCCAAGUUCGUUAAGGAUCUACGUUGCAUACUCGAUUUGAUGAACAUGGGAUAUCAAUAUUCGGAUGACUAUGGGAGGAGGAUUAAUGAAGUCCUGUCCCUUAGAGUGUUGGAGUUUGUUUUCGAUCCAAGCAAGAAUGAUUCAAGUGGUGUUGGUGUUGUUGCUUCUGCUUCUCAGGGAAGAGUUGAGUUUGAUUUGUCUUUGAGCAACUCUGAUGUUCUCAGGGCGAUUCUGAGAGAGAUUCCGGUGUCGGAACUGCGAGCUGGCAUGCCGGAGUUAUCAAAGUUCAAUGUUCUUCCAUUUAUUGCUUACAAGAACAUGUGUUUGCCACAAUGUGCACUGGAGAAGCUAAGGGAUUUGAGUUUGAUGGAGAAUGAGACAAGUGCAGCUCCUGAGAUAGAAGCUAAGGAUCCUGUUUUUGGAGGUGAUGGACCAGUGCACAUGGAUACAUGCGAGGAGGAGCCGAUAGAGGAGCAACAAGUGCAUAUUGGUUUGGAUAAAGUAACUCGCAUCGAGGAUGAAGAUGAGGCAAUGCACACCAACGAAAAAAAUGAAGUAAUUAUGAUCGAUGAAGAUACAGAGAAUGAACAAGAGACAGUCGUUGAACCCAUUAGCAACGGUCGUACUACUGGUAAUACAUUUCCUACAAGCUCAAGAAGAUGGCCAGAGGAUGCAAGUGUAAAAUGUACAAAAGAUGGAACCUGGUUAAUCAGUGUGAGCGGUGAUGAUGAUGAUGAGUCAGAUAUGGUCAAAGGUCCAGCAUUGGCUAAGAAGAAUACAAACACAAACCAUCCUGCGAGCUCCUGCACAAGACACGAGAAUGUAUGCUGGAAAUGUGGAAAAGAAGGAACGUUGUUGAUAUGUAGCAGAAGCGAGUGUGAAUCAAAAGUUCACAAGGAAUGCUCGAACUGUGUGGUUAACUUUGAUGAAGACGGGAACUUUCACUGUCCUGUAUGCUGGUAUGAUAGAGUCGUUGCAGAGUACUUAGAAUCUCAGAAGUUGGUGAGCUCUGCCAAGAGAAAACUGAUGAAGUUUAUGUCUCUACUUUCAUCAAGAAGCAAGAGACUCAGAUCAAUCAACGCGAUCUGAAACGCCCUUGUGAUCUUGUUCGUGGUGGAUUUUGGUUAGGAGAGAGUUCUGUUCAUAUGUGUGCUGGUGUAGAGAAUUAUAGAUACUGGGGGUAAUAUAUUCGAAGUGAAAAUUAAGAGUGUGAAUGGUUAUUAUUUGAAACUAGCGGAAAAAGGAGUUUAUAUCCAACUUUGACUGAAGUUUUUGUCUUUGUCGAAUAAAGAUAAACAAAUUAAACGAAGUUAUCGCAAACUUAAGCUAAUA